GCAUGCUAGCAUCUCACUCUGCAACGCCCUUCGGACUCGGCUAGUGACGCCGGCUGCAUGGCAGGGCUGCGCAGCAUGUGGUCAACUACUUAAUGCGCGCCGCGCGCUUCGCACGUCCGCGAUGUCCACCCGUCGCGCCCUCUUCUCUCACGACACCCACCGUGGUGACCCCCUGUCUGCGUCCUAACUUCCGACAAUUAUUAUUCCUACACCGCUGUGCCCUUGGGCUUGCCGGACCUUCAACAACUUACUAUACAGGAAAACCGCGCCAUCGUGGGCCGGGUUCCGACAAUUACAACACACUUGUUGCUUUCAAAAACGGAAACCGGCUUUUUUGCUCCGAAGCUCUCCCAACCAGCCCUCUAUAUACCACCAACACACACGCAACCUAAAAUGGCUCCUCUCGUCUGGCUUAUCACGGGCUGCUCGUCCGGCUUUGGUGCUCAGUUCGUCCACUCCGCCCUGGCCCGCGGAGACAAGGUUAUCGCAACAGGUCGCAACGCCGCGACAAAAUUGAAGCACCUGGACGGCACCGGCGCAGCCAUCGUGGACCUGGACGUCAGCCUGCCCGAGGCAGAGGUCAAGAACAUUGUCGACAAGGCAGCCAAGAUCCACGGCCGCAUUGACGUGCUGGUGAACAAUGCGGGCUACGGUUUUUUUGGUGCUAUUGAGGAGACCAGGCGACUGUUCGACGUGAAUGUCUUUGGCGCCCUCGCAGUCACCCGCGCAGUUCUACCACAUAUGCGCGCCCAGCAGUCCGGCACCAUUGCCUUUGUUGGGUCCAUGUACGCUUGGUGGACGCCCGGCAUGGUUACCGCGUAUGGCGCAGCAAAGGGCGCACUGAAAGCCAUCGUCGACGGUCUCGCUGCCGAGGUCCGCCCCUUCAACAUCCGCACCAUCGACUUCGAGCCGGGCUUCUUCCAGACCCCGCUCACCGACGGCGCCAAUCUCGCGCAGUAUGCCUCGGCCGCGCCGCCGCUGGACGCGUACGCGGACCAGCGUGCAGCCAUGGUUGCGGUGGCGGCGGCGCACGACGGCAACGAGCGCGGUGACGUCGGAAAGGGCGUCGAGCUGAUGGUGGACGUCAUCCGCGGCGAAGGUCGCGCCAGCGGACGGAGCAUGCCGCUGAGGCUGCCGAUUGGCGAGGACGCUGUGAAGGUCGUCGAGGCGACGUGCCAUAACAUGCUCAAAGUUGUUGAUGCAUGGAGGGAAGAGGUGGUUGGGACGACGGAUAGGGAUGAGUUUGAGAGUGACAAGGGCAUUGAGUCGAUUGUGACGGUGCCGGAUAUCAAAUUGUGGACAUACCUGCCUUGGUAG